UUGGGCUGUGCCUGAUAUUUUAUCACCUGAAACGCAGCAGGAAAUGCAUUCCUUUCCUAUUCAAGAUAGAUAAUGCAUCUAGCCAGUAUGCCAUCACAACUGGAGGGUGCGAUGGAUACCUUAAUCAGAGUCUUUCACCAUUACUCUGCAAAAGAAGGGGAUAAAUAUAAACUCAACAAAGGAGAACUCAAACAACUUCUCACCAGUGAACUUACUGAUUUCCUUGCGUGUCAAAAGGAUCCCCAGCUGGUUGAUAAGAUCAUGAACGAUCUUGAUAGUAACAGAGAUAAUGAAGUGGAUUUUAAUGAAUUUGUGGUUCUGGUUGCCGCUUUGACUGUCGCUUGCAAUGAUUUCUUUGAGGAGCAAAUGAAGAAAAGGGGAGAAUAGAAAUGGCUGAAACUACCUUUUGGACACGAUGGGAGAGAAUAACUUCAACUGAACUCGAUUUCAUCUCUCGUGUUCCACACCUUCCCUUGGUACUGAUGUUGGCUUUCCUUUCUCUUCUGAUAAUACAUGUUUUUUCCAACAACACUGUCAUUUUUUUUUUCUUUUGUAUUGGUGCAUGUAAACAAUUCAUUCAUAAGUGAAGUGCAUUUGGUAAGCCUGCCAACUACUUUAGCAUUUGUGAAUGCGAAUGGGGAUGUAAACACAGCUGUUAUAUGUAUUGGAUUUAUUACCAUAUUAAGUCUGGUACUGUUGCAUGCCCCCUUGCCUUGGACAAGCAGGACUGAAUCCUAGAGAAAGAUGGAAUAGAGGCUCAUAGCCCGAAAUAGCUGUUUGAAAAGUUUUUUGGUUUUUUUUGUUGUUUGUUUUUUUG